GGGGCGCCGUGCGGCCCGGAGGGGUGUGUGCGGGGGGCCGGAGGCGGCUGUCACUGUCGGCUCAGCCUGCGCCGGGGAACAUUGGCCGCCUCCAGCUCCUCGGCGCGGCCCGACCCGGCCCGGCUUGGCCGCCUCAGACACCCGCCUGUCUUGGCAGUCAUGAGGCCUUCCUGGUAUCCCCUGCACACACCCUCCCUGGCUUUUCCACUCCUCUUCCUGCUCAUCUCCCUCCUGGGAGGAGGGGCAGGGGCUGAGGGCCGGAAAGACCCACAGCUGCUGGUGACGGUCAGAGGGGGCCAGCUGAGAGGCGUCCGCCUGAAGGCCCCCGGGGGCCCAGUCUCAGCUUUUCUGGGCAUCCCCUUUGCAGAGCCACCUGUAGGCUCACGUAGGUUUCUGCCACCAGAGCCCAAGCGGCCCUGGUCAGGAGUGUUGGAUGCUACCACCUUCCAAAAUGUCUGCUACCAAUACGUGGACACCCUGUACCCUGGGUUUGAGGGUACUGAGAUGUGGAACCCCAACCGAGAGCUGAGUGAAGACUGCCUGUAUCUUAAUGUAUGGACACCAUACCCCAGGCCUACUUCUCCUGCACCCGUCCUCAUCUGGAUCUAUGGGGGCGGCUUCUACAGUGGGACAUCUUCCUUGGACGUGUAUGAUGGCCGUUUCUUGGCCCAGGUUGAGGGGACCGUAUUGGUAUCUAUGAACUACCGAGUAGGAACCUUUGGUUUCUUGGCCCUGCCAGGCAGCAGAGAAGCCCCUGGCAAUGUAGGCCUGCUGGAUCAACGGCUUGCCUUGCAAUGGGUGCAAGAAAAUAUUGCAGCCUUUGGGGGAAACCCAAUGUCAGUGACACUGUUUGGGGAGAGUGCAGGUGCAGCCUCGGUGGGCAUGCACAUUCUGUCCCUGCCCAGUCGGAGCCUCUUCCACAGGGCUGUCCUGCAGAGUGGUACACCCAAUGGGCCCUGGGCCACCGUGGGUGCAGGAGAGGCCAGGCGCAGGGCCACCCUGCUGGGCCGCCUAGUGGGCUGUCCCCCAGGUGGCGCUGGUGGCAAUGACACAGAGCUGAUAGCCUGCCUGAGGACACGGCCAGCUCAGGACCUGGUGGACCACGAGUGGCAUGUGCUGCCUCAGGAAAGUAUCUUCAGAUUUUCCUUCGUGCCUGUGGUGGACGGAGACUUCCUCAGUGACACACCAGAGGCCCUCAUCAAUGCUGGAGAUUUUCAAGACCUGCAGGUGCUGGUGGGUGUGGUGAAGGACGAGGGCUCCUACUUUCUGGUUUACGGGGUCCCAGGCUUCAGCAAAGACAAUGAAUCUCUCAUCAGCCGGGCCCAGUUCCUGUCUGGGGUGCGGAUGGGUGUACCCCAAGCAAGUGACCUGGCGGCCGAGGCUGUGGUCCUACAUUAUACAGACUGGCUGCACCCUGAGGACCCUGCCCACCUGAGGGAUGCCAUGAGUGCAGUGGUGGGCGACCACAACGUUGUGUGCCCCGUGGCCCAGCUGGCUGGGCGACUGGCUGCCCAAGGGGCCCGAGUCUAUGCCUACAUCUUUGAACAUCGCGCCUCCACAUUGACUUGGCCCCUCUGGAUGGGGGUGCCCCAUGGCUAUGAAAUCGAGUUCAUCUUUGGGCUCCCUCUGGACCCCUCACUGAACUACACCACGGAGGAGAGAAUCUUUGCUCAGCGACUUAUGAAAUACUGGACCAAUUUUGCCCGCACAGGGGACCCCAAUGACCCUCGGGACUCCAAGUCCCCACAGUGGCCACCAUACACCACUGGAGCUCAGCAAUAUGUGAGCCUGAACCUGAAGCCCUUGGAGGUGCGGCGGGGGCUGCGCGCCCAGACCUGCGCCUUCUGGAAUCGCUUUCUCCCCAAAUUGCUCAGCGCCACCGACACGCUGGACGAGGCGGAGCGCCAGUGGAAGGCCGAGUUCCACCGCUGGAGCUCCUACAUGGUGCACUGGAAAAACCAGUUCGACCACUACAGCAAGCAGGAGCGCUGCUCAGACCUGUGACCCCGGGGUGGGGGAGGGGGAACCUCAGAUCCCACCGCCCUGCCCGAGCCCCUAGCUGUACAUAUACUAUUUAUUUAAGGGCUGGGAUGUAAUACAACCGAGCCCCAGGCCCUGCCCACCCCGUCCCGACUUUCUCCCACCAGGGGCUCCCCAUCUUGUGCAUGUCUGGGGCCGAACUCCCUUCCCUGCGGUGCCUUCGCCCCUCUGGGCCGCCAAUAAACUGUUACAGCCACUGGA